AUGGAACACGAAGCUAGGCUCGCACGACAACGACGGUUGAAAUUGCUUGGUCAUAAGAGGCGCCGGAUCAACGUGUCGCUUAGCCCAUCCGGCCCCGAGAAUGUUAAUCCCAACACACGGGUUUCUGAGUCCCUCCAACAGGAUAUCGGCCUGCUCCAAAAAUUUCCCGUCGCUGUUGCUACACGCCAAAGUUCCUCACCAUGCAACAUCGAAACGUCCCGUGACAAACACCAUCAUUAUGUAACACCUACCACUCUGGUUGGCUAUUCGCAUUUCUCCCCGUCUUCACCUUUGCAUAUGGCUCAGGCUAGCGAUGACCAACUAGAAGCUUUCACUGCAUCUUCUAUUGAACCAGAUGUUUGGUCAAUCGGGCAACCCACCCAAAGUUGUGUUUUUUGUGGGGCGAAAAUGUGGAUGAACGAGCGCCUUGCGAAAGGUGGAGCCAACAACACUAUAUUAUUUGCUAUUUGUUGCAUGAGUGGAAAGGUCACUCUCCCUUUGUUGCCGGUUCCGCCACCAUUGUUGUGGGUGUUGUUGAAUGGUGAUGAUCAACGAGCUUUGCAUUACAAGAAACAUAUCAGGGCCUUUAAUGAAAAUGAAGUCCAGAACCGGAUUAAUGCAAUUGGCAUGUUUAAUCAACACCAAGCUAUAGAUCAUACCAUUGUAGCGGAUCUAACCAGCAUGCUUGAUUUCCACAACUCUCUCGCUAGGUGCUUCCGAUAUGCUAGGCAAAGGUUCACUGAAGAUUCAACGACUCCGCUGCAGCUUCGUCUUAUCAAGAAGAGGAAUACUGAUGGUAGAAGAUCUAAUCUGCCAUCAGCGUCUGAAGUUGCUGCUCUUAUUGUAGGUGAUUUUGAUUUCGACAACCUUUUGAGGGACGUUGUUAUUCAGACACAUUCGAACCUUCUGAAACGGAUUGAUGUUAAUCAUCCGCAGUAUCUUGCACUACAGUACCCCUUGCUUUUUCCGUACGGAGAAGAUGGUUUUCGGAGUGAUAUCUUAAUAUCCGAUGAAAGAUCUAAGCAACAGUUACAUAAGCGAGAAACAAUUAGCAUGAGGGAGUUCUUGUCUUUUCGAAUCCAAAUAAGAUCGCAUGAGUCGCAAGUGCUUCUCAAGUCAAGACGUUUGUUCCAACAAUUCUUGGUUGAUAGUUACACUAUGGUAGAAGCGGAAAGAUUACAAUAUCACAGGUUCCACCAGAGCAAGUUUCAUUCUCAUAAACUGCAAGGCCUACACGAGUGUCUAAUACAGGGUGAAACACAGGCUGCAAGAACUGGAAAACGAGUUAUCUUGCCGUCUUCAUUUGUCGGUGGUCCCCGAUCAUGUACAACAAUUGCAAAGAUGCAUUUGCUAUUUGCAGAUUGGACCGAGAUUAAAGAUUGCGUUGCGGCCUAUUCAUUAAAGCCAAGUGACAUGCCAGAUAUCAUAUCAAGGGUUUUCAAGAUCAAGUUAGAUGUCUUGCUAAAAGACUUAAAGGAUGGGUCCAUAUUUGGAAAGCCUAAAGGAAUUGUGUACACAGUUGAAUUCCAAAAGCGUGGUCUUCCCCAUUGUCAUAUUUUAUUGUUUGUUCGACCAGCCGAGAAGCCUCGAUCAUCUGAGGAUAUUGACCAUCAUAUAUCGGCUGAGAUACCCGACGAACACAGACAACCUAAGCUGUAUAGCUUAGUCCAAAAAUUCAUGAUUCACGGAUCAUGUGGGGUUUUGAACAUGAGUAGCCCGUGUAUGGUUAAUGGGAGGUGUUCCAAGUUUUAUCCAGUGCCUUUCCGUGAGAAAACAUCCAUAGACAGUGCAGGUUUUCCCAAGUAUAAACAGUCGGAUAAUGGUCGUUCAACAACCAAGAGGAAUGUUAAUCUCGACAAUAGGUUUGUUGUCCCAUACAAUGCAACAUUGCUCCUUAAGUAUGGCUGCCACAUAAAUGUUGAGUAUACUUGCCAGACGUCUGCUAUUAAGUAUUUGUUCAAGUAUGUCCACAAAGCUGGUUCUGAUGUCACUGUAGAUGAAAUCCAAAACUACUAUGAUUGUCAGUAUAUAUCAGCUUGUGAGGCAUCCUGGCGGCUAUUCGGGUUUGAGAUUCAGUACAAAGAGCCUAACGUCAUCCGCCUUCCAUUCCAUCUUCCAAAUGAACAGAAUGUUUUGUACGAUGAUCACCAGCUUAUUGAGAAUGUUAUCAACGCUGCGGUCUCAAAGGUUAGUAUGUUUAUUGGUUGGUUUAAGGCUAACAAGAAUUUUGAUCUAGCCCGUACACUGACUUACGCAGAGAUGCUGUCAUUUUUUGUUUGGGACAAGCAGGGGUAUAUGUGGAGGCCACAGAAGCAAGGGAAUGUCAUAGGUCAUCUCACACAUAUUCCUCACUCGCAUGGAGAGGAGUACUACCUUCGUAUGUUAUUGAAUUAUCAAAAAGGGUGCCAGAGAUUUGCUGAUGUGCGUUCAAUUGGUGGGAUUGUGUACGAUACAUUCAAAGAGGCCUGUUAUGCCCUAGGGUUAUUGCAGGAUGAUAGGGAAUUUAUUGAUGCACUUAAUGAAGCCAGUGCGUGGGCAUCACCGAAUUAUAUCAGGAGGUUGUUUGCAAUGCUUUUGAUGUCGAACAACAUUGUGCGUCCUGACAUGGUGUGGGAGAAAUGUUGGCAACAUUGCAUGGACAACUCGCUUCUUUCUGGAAGACAUAACUUAGGUAAACUUUUCGGAUUGCUUUUACUAUCCGGUUACUGUUUCGCAAUAAAUUCAGACCACUCCAUUCAAAAACGUCCGGUCGUCUCCACCUCUUGCAGUUUCCAGCAUUCUGUUCAUGAGAUUAAGUCCAUCACGCUUGCCGAAAUUGAAAAACUCUUGCAGCCGAAUGGUCGGAGCCUAAAGGAAUUUCCUGACAUGCCGUUUCCUGAUUAUGCUGGUUUACCUGAACCUUCCGACACAAUCUUUUUUGAUGAGCUGAAUUUCGACAGGACAGAAUUGGCAAGUAUCGCCGUGGAUUUGAUUUCCCGGUUGAAUCGAGACCAGCGCGUUGUGUUCGACACAAUAGCAAAUGCAGUUCGUCAUGAUGCUGGUGGUUUUUUCUUUGUCUGUGGUUAUGGUGGAACUGGUAAGACCUUUCUAUGGAAUGCACUGUCUGCUUCGAUAAGGUCUAAGGGUGAUAUUGUCCUCAAUGUUGCAUCCAGUGGCAUUGCAGCUCUGUUGUUGCCUAAUGGGCGAACUGCUCAUUCACGCUUUAAGGAUGUUCUUCGAUUUGAUCGUGGAUAUAAUCCUCAUGCCCCAUUUGGUGGGAAAAUUGUUGUUCUAGGAGGUGAUUUCCGUCAGAUAUUGCCUGUGAUUCCUCGUGGUUCCCGGAAAGAGAUCGUUCAUUCGUGUAUUAAUGCUUCGAACCUGUGGCAAUCUUGCCAAGUGUUGCAGUUAACUGAAAACAUGAGACUGUCCCGUGGUUCACGAGAUAUCCACGGUGUACAAUUGAAGGAAUUUGCUACAUGGUUGCUUCAAGUUGGUGACGGGUUAAUCGGAGACAAUACCGAUGGCGAAUCAGUGAUUAGAAUACCCGACAACUUGCUGCUUAAUGUUGAGUCUCCCUAUCUGCAUGAUUUGGUGUUGUUCGUUUAUCCUGACAUCUUACUCUAUUCUUCUAGCGUGGAUUAUUUUAAGGGUAGGAGUAUAUUAGCACCAACACUUGAUGUCGUAACUGAAGUAAACAAUCAUGUGAUGUCUUUGAUCCCUGGCAACGAGAGGGUAUACUUGAGCUCUGAUAUACUAAUUAGUGAAGAUGGUCACCUGGAAUCUGAAUUAUAUACAAUGAGCACCGAGUCAUUGAAUGCGCUAAAUUGUUCAGGAAUUCCCCAACACCGGUUAGUUCUUAAAAUCAGUGUUCCUGUGAUGCUUCUUCGCAAUAUUGACCAAUCCAAUGGACUAUGCAAUGGUACGCGCAUGCAGGUUAAACGUCUUGGUGACCAUAUCAUUGAGUGCGUCAUCUUAGCAGGUCGUAAUACUGGUGAUGUUGUAUUUAUUCCCAGGAUGAACAUGUCACCCAAUAACGAUACAUUUCCAAUCAGGUUUACUCGACGUCAAUUUCUGGUUGCUCUUUGCUUUGCGAUGACCAUAAACAAGUCCCAAGGUCAAACGCUGUCAACAGUUGGCAUCUAUCUUCCGAGGCCUGUUUUUACUCAUGGUCAGCUUUAUGUUGCGCUUUCUCGGGUCAGCAUGCAUUCUGGACUGAAGAUUUUAUCUGUUGAUUCUAACGGCAAAGUUUCAGAUCAUACUAUUAAUGUUGUCUAUAGGAAAGUUUUUACCGGGAUGCUACCUAACAUUCUCCCUUGA